CAUGCCCCAAAGCAUCACACAAUCAAUCAAAUACACUUAAAGCAGAAACAAGAUAAACAGAUCAUACCUCUCUCCCACUUCCACUCACACAACAUGAAGGUUGCAGUAGCAGUCAUUGCCAUUCUUGCCGUAUUCCAACUGGUUGUGCAGCCAGGGCAGGCUGUCACUUGUGGCCAGGUGGAUGCUGCACUCCUGCCCUGCAUCGGCUUCCUCGUCGGUAAGGAAGCUAGCCCCUCUGCAGCUUGCUGCAGUGGCGUUAAGACCGUGAAAUCGUUGGGGCAAACGCCGGCCGACAAGAGGGCCUGCUGCAGCUGUGUCAAGGCAGCUGCCGGAAAGUACAGCAACCUGAAGGAUGAGGCUGCCCAGAGCCUUCCGACCAAGUGCCAGGUUCAGCUGGACAUCCCGAUCUCCCGCGACGUGGACUGUGACAAGAUCCACUAAGAAGAGAUCAACAAAUAUGAAUUGAAGUGCAGCUUAUACUAUAUAUAUAUAUAUAUAUAUAUGAGCUGAGUAUGAAUAAAGUUGGAAUGUGGAUUAGGUGUUGAGGAUAUGCUUUGUAACUGCCAGAUGCUUUGUUAUAGUGCCAGCAGGAAUGCAAAACAUUAUUAUGUUUUCCAUAACUAAAA